ACGUUUUAAACAACCAGUUGUCGGGACAAGCUAGCAAGCUAGCUCAGUUUACAAAGUGUCCAGAAACAGAUGUCGUUUUCGGAAAAAUGGACCGAAAACUGAACGAAGAGGAACUGCAAGAUUUGUACGCAUGGAUAGACAAAAUAUCUCUGUCCCGGCCCAAGAGACACAUCACAAGAGACUUCAGUGACGGAGUGAUGGCUGCAGAGGUUGUCAAAUAUUUCUUCCCAAAGCUAGUUGACCCGCACAACUACAUCUCUGCAAACUCCACUCAGCAGAAGCUCGGUAACUGGAUCCUUCUCAACAGGAAGGUAUUUUCCAAGCUGAACUUCCACGUGCCUGAGGAGACAGUGAGGAAGAUUGUACUGAGCACUUCAGGAGUAAUAGAGCCGGUACUGAGCGCCCUCAGGGAGAAGAUAGACAAGAAACUGGAGCAGACUACAGAGAAUAUACUGAAUGUGGAAUACUAUGACACCAGAAACCAGGAGAAACUUAAUACAGAAGGUCCUCAGACUGAAGCAGAACGUGGGGCUGAGCCGGCACGAGAUACCAUGACAAAAGAGGAAAAGAGCAGAAUAAAAAAUGGCAGUAAGCCACAGAACACAGCACAGUUGUACCCAAACAUGGAACCUUCUGUACGGCUAAUCCUGCAGGAAAAAGAGAAAGAUGUCAUGGCUUUGCAGGAGACUGUGGAGAUCCUGCAGAUGAAAGUGAACAGGUUAGAGCAUCUGGUGCACUUGAAGGACAUACGUAUUGAAGAUCUGAUGCGGCAUCGGGAGACGUACAAAGCUAAAGGCAGUACUCAAUGAUAAACACACAUGUACACAGAGGAUGUGUAGUAUAGCUCUGUGACUCUCUAACAUCACCUCCAAUAAACUCUUACUUUGUUAAAAACUUUAAUCGUGGUUCAUAUACAUACAUACUACUCUGAGGUUAUUACUCAAAUGUAUCACACUUGUGACUGUGAGACAGAUGUACUUUGUCUGAAAACGGUCUUGUUUCCAAGUUGUAUUGUGAAAUGAUGCUUCAAGAGAUUUAUCUAAUUUGGCUUAUUUUUAAGAUUAAGAUUUAGCAAGGGCAGUGCAACAUCAAUUUCUCUGUAAAAUAGUUAUUUUUGCAGAUAUUGCAUAUUAUGUCCUUGUGUGUUAUCUAAUACGUUUCUCCGGUAAAAGGUUCAUGAUAAUUAUGAUUGUUUAAUACAGACAGUCGCUUUUUGUGUUGAAAGUGAUGUGUUCAGUUUUCUUUGACCUUCUGUGCCUUCACACUGCCUACUGACCUCCAAGUGCUCAAUACAACAUUUAAACGUUCUCCAAAUCCUCUUUUUGAACACGAGUAGAGAGGAGCAGACUACAGAUUUGAAGUAUUAAAAUGAACCAGACAAAAUGAUAGGCAGUGUUAAUAUACACUGUGACUGUCACAUAUUACAUCACUCAUUUUCUUUGCAAUGCUUGUUCCUGCUUAAGUGUGAAGAUGGACAAAUAUAGAAUGCAGUUAUUAAUAACAACUUCAUUUCUCCUGAUUCAAGCAUUAGUUUCAGAAUAAACACACAAUGAAGCUGACGGAUAACCAUAUAUAGUAAUAAACUGACACAGAUCACAGGCUGCAAUCUGAAAGUUUACUUCCCUUUCUUGAAGGCCAUGCCAGUAAAUUGGGGUUGAGUUGCUCGAUGUUUUCCGUGUCAAGUGUGUGUCUGUCGCUGUCUUGUCUUUGAUGUUGCCCCCUCAGUUGGUGUGGAAUAACAAGUGACAGGUUACCUGCUGAGCUGUAUCUCCUCCAGCUGCCAGCUAAUGUAUGUGUUCCAUCAGGUUGAUCAUCUAUCACCAACCAUUAUCACGCUUAUAGCAAUAUUACUGUAACUGUGCUGCUGAUUACCUAUACAAA